AUGGCGAGCAAAACCUGUACCGUGGCAGCCUGCAGCAUACAAGUCACGAGCAACCUUGGAGCGCCGUUAGAGCGUUUUCGAGACAUGGACAAGGACGCCUUCGCGAGUGCGUCUUCGAAGAAAGGAUGGGACGACAUUGAACGGUCGUGCGCGCUGAUGGAUUCAAGCAAUCUGCAGAUCGACGGCAUAGAUCUCACGGAUCUUUUGGAAGAAGACGACGAAUCUCAACAAAUCAACUCGACAUCCGAGGCCGAACUUUAUGAGCAACGUCAGCUUCAAGAUGCGCUCGACGCGUUACACGUCUCCAACGGCAAAGAAGUGCCGCCAAUAACGGGGAACGAUUCGCUCGCGGCAUCUUUCGUCGUCCCUUGGGCUUGCCUGCCCCCCGCGUCUACCAGCAGCGCCGCUGGCCUCGCUUCUUCCGCCGCGUCCGCCGUUCCUGACGCUGCCAGCGCCGCUAGGAUGCAAUGCGCUGGAAGUUUCAACGAGCGUCCCGGGCAGCCUAUGAUUAACUCUCCGCCAGCUUCGGUGUGCGGUUCGGUGGAUCCGUUUCUCAUGAAAUAUCGCCUAGACACGCAGGCUUCGAGCCAUAGCUUCGGGGGCUUGCCGUCUGCUGCGGAAGAUUUGGUGGAUAGUGAGCGAACGGGUGAGAAGGGGGAAGAGGCGUUCGGUCCCGGGAGGAAUGGGGGGAUGCAGGGGGGUGUAGAGGGUGGAUGGAGUGCGCAAGAGAUGGCAUUAGCGAAUUCGCCUGUUCGGAAUGCUGCGUUAUCCAUGCGUGUGAAGGCUGGAGCCAAUCCUGCUGCUGUGGAGGCAUAUUUGAGGAUGAAGGCGCAGAGGGACGGUGCGAGAACUGUGCGGAAAUGA